CUUAUUUUUAUUGUAUUUAUUAUUAUUAUUAUUAUUAUUAUUAUUAUUAUUAUUAUUAUUAUUAUUAAACGAGAGUUUAUUAUUACAUAAUGAUAAACAGGUGAUUAGAUCAAGAUCAAAGAAGAUUAAGGAGCACUUGAGUCAGGAUCAUCGCAGUUAUGGGCAGGAUGGAGAACCCCUGGGCUUGUCACCGAACUGGAGGUUUCCCUUCUGCUUGUAGAUAUGGACUGCACUCUUAAAAAUAAAGCUUUCAAUCAGAACCACCCUGAUGCCAUAGUAGAACCCUUUUAAGCUGCACAAAGAACCUUUUACUCUCAAGUUCUUUAGCGAAUCAUCUAUUUGGCAGUGCCAGAAGGAACCAUGUUAUCAUAAGUUCUCUACAAAAACCCUUAGUGCUUAAAGGGAACCAAAGUAAGGUUUUAAGAGUGACACAUACUUGGAGAACCUUUUCCAGUCCCACAAAGAACCUUAUAAGGUUCACGUUAACCUGUUAAGGGAUUAUACAUUGAAGAACCAAUACACUGCUCUGAAGAACCCAUAAUGAACCAUAAAGAAUGUCUUUAAUCUCCAGAGAUAGCUCCAUACAGCUCAACUCAAGAACCCUACACAGGGAACAUGGUUCUUGACAAGAAGAAGGUUCUUUGCAGAACCUGUGGUGUUUUAAAGAACCAUUGAAAAACCUUUAUUUUUAAGAGUGUAGGCUAGGGUGCUAGAACUUUUGGUUCCAUAUAGACUGAAAAACCUGGGUCGGACGCUGCAUCAUGGCAGGACCUCCAACUUUGAAUAAUAAUAAAAUAAUUAACAAUAAAAUAAAAUAAUAAUAAAUAAGGAAUAAAUAAAUUGUUAAUGUUGUUUUUAAUCAUGACUGUUCAUUUGCAUAAUUUCAUUAUUAAAAUGUUAUAUCAAACACUAUUGUUGUUGGUAUUGUUGUUUUGUAAUUGUUAUUGUUGUUAAUGUUAUUAUUAUUGUUGUUCUGUUGAUAUUGUUGUUAAUGUUGUUAUUUUUGUUGUUGUUGUUGUUUUGUUGGGAUUUAGGGUUCUAGUGUGGCUCUGAUUGUAAUUUUCUCCGUUGCUUAAUUAUUCUAAACGAAACGUGUUAUUAUGUAAAAACGUCACUGGCUGUAGAGGAACUCUUGGGCUUGGUGAUGUUUUGCGGCAGUGUGGAUGUUGUGUAGAUGUUGUACAGAUGUUUUUGAUGAUGUAUAUUGGGGGUGUGGUUUCCAGGAUAACCAUAAAGAAGCGUUGAAGCUGCACGCAGAGGAGCUGAAGAGAGAUUUCACUGUAUUUUGUUUAGAUUCCUGCUGACGCACAGAUUUUCAUCUUUACCCAAAUGGACUAUGUUUUAUCCAACAACACCAACCAAGAUGACGAUCUUCUUAGUAGAAAUCUCACCUCUCUAUUCACCGAUAUCGUGGUGAAUUAUCUUCCUUUUAUACCAAAAUCCAUAAAUAAAACCGAAACGAACGAAGAAUGCAAUUUCCAUUGGAAUUAUGUGCUGUCUCUCUGUCUGGUGCCUUCGGUUUUUAUUGUGCUACUGCUGUCAUGUGUCGAGCGCAGAAAGAAGAUCCACUCCUUCGAGAAGAGAUUCCCGUGUCUGAGCGGCCGAUUUGGCAUGGUGGUCCCCCUGGACUUCACAAGCACUCUGGAGAACCGAUGGUCCUACGCUUUUGCUUUCGGAGCUGUAACACCUCUAAUGUUCAAUCUGUUGUUUCAUGACAUUAACCCGUUUCCAUAUACACUGCCGCGGUACCUAAAAGUGUUUGUGUACUUGGUAGCAGCUUUGCAGGUGGGCAUUGUCUGCAAGCCGUUCUUUACCUGUCUUUCAACACCACACCAAAUGCUUGGAGGCGUUCUGGGCCUGCUGUAUACACUCGCAUGGUUCAUUGUGCAGCUUUGGAAUAUAUUCCGGUGUAGGUGGUCAGUAAAAUAUGAUAAAGGGAGCAUUGAGGAGUUUAUUCAGCAGUACGAGUGGUUAUAUGAUGUUCCACAUUUACUGUCUUUGGGGUUCCUGUUGAUCCGAUUCGGCUUCAUGAUAGUGAAGGACGUCCUGAUCCGUCUGAAGAAACACAGCAAACAGAAGGAAAUAAAGAAACAUCAGUACAGAUAUGUGCAGAGAUUACUGAGACGGCCCGCUGAAGUGUCCGUGGAGAGAAGCUGGUUCCGGAGGAAAAUGUACAAAUCGGAUCCGUAUUUUAAAUUCCCAAACAGGAUCAUCUCCACCGUCGCGCUCUGUUUCCUCGGAGUGUACCUGAUUAUGUUAUUGGAGCAGAUCACGUCUACAUGGUGUACUAAGUAUGUAUACAGAGAAUGGCUGAAUUACUUAAACAUGUUGGUAAAUGAUUCAACUUGGACCGUACACCUGAACUACGUAAUAUACACCUGGUACAUCACGUCGGCGUGUGCCAUGCUGCUGUCUGUGAUUCACAUUAGUCAUGUGAUGGUGUAUUACAGGAAGCACAUUAAAUCAUUGUGGGCUGGAGACAAAACAUUUCUGCCAAAGUCGUACCAGAUGAGACCUGCUGUUUGUGUGGUAGGACUUUUGAAGUAUCCGGGCUAUCAGAUCGCUUUCACCAUGUGGGGUUAUCUGAUUGUUCAUAUGGGGAUGUUCGCCGCGGGCCUGGUGUUUGUGUAUCUGGUUAUAUCACCGAUCCGGGAAUACGGGUUUCUCUCCUGGCUGCUUGACCUGAUCAGCUUUCUGACAAAUAUGUCCAUCGUGUUCAUUCUGAUGAGGCUUCAGAGGAUUCUGAUCAAAAUGUUUUUCCUGCAAGACAAAACCUCACCUCAGGAUGAAGAGAAACCACUCGCACUCAACAACAGGAAGGCCUUCCACAACUUUAACUACUAUCUCUACUUCUUUAAUGUGAUCUUGGGCAUAGGGAGCUGUGUGUUACGACUGAUCAAGAGCGCCAUCGUUGCCUUGAUGUUGCUGCCACGUAUCGAGCGGACCAUAAUGCCUCAGGGCUUCAGGAAGUUGGACGCAAGCCACUGUACGUGGUUGGGAAUGAUAAUAACGGAUCAUCAUCACAGUAAUCCAGUUCUGGUGUGUUUCUGCCACCUGCUGAUCAAACACACACUGCAGAGCGUUCGCCUGGACGAGGACGUAAAGCCAGAGUCUCCGGCAAAGAAGCGAGCUCACAUUCGCUGGGUUCUUGUGUACACCUUGCUGAGGAACCCUGAAUUCAUCCUGCUGAGGAAGAGACACUGGAACGCAAACGGGAAGGAGUUACAGCUCGCCUUCAUCUGGGCCAUGACCGCACGAGGGAAAAAAAACACUCCGGGAUCCGUCAAAUCUGCCCAAACACUGAUUUCUGCCUUACACGGUUCUUCACUUGCCUCUGAGAUUUGGUGGGAGGGUCUCAGAAAAACGUGUCCUCCGUAAAUCCUUUUGCUCGACUGGAAUUCGGAGCAGAAAGUCUGACCUUUAGCCACACCCAAUUAACCCUCUGGACAAGAAGUCAUGGUUUGGACAUGUAAUGGAUGCAGUAACUAAAUAAGU